AUCUACCUGAAGCUGAAGAGCGGCAGGACCUGCUGGGAAGACAAACUCAAGCUCGCCCGUUUCGCCUGGGUUUCCCACCAGUGCGUCCUGCCUAAUAAAGAGCAAGUAUUACUUGACUGGGUAAGCCAUACGUUGGUUUCAUACCACAAUAAGAAACUUGAACUGGAGGAUGAAGUUGUUGAGAAGCUCUGGGCUUAUCUGGACAACAUUAUCCAUAGUAGGAGGCUACAGAAUCUCUUAAAGAGUGGGAAGACAGUCGGUCUCAGUUUUUCAAUUGCACAGGUCAUAAAUGAAAGGUUAUCAGAGGCCUGUUCUCCAAAACCAUGGCAAAACAUUGGCACAGUGCUGAGUUGCUCCAGUGGUAUCCUUUCUACUCCUUCCCUCUCCAUCAUUUACACAGCAAAGUGUGAGCUCUUGGUUGAUCUCCUCAGCAAGCUGUCCAAGCUGGCAUGUCAGCAGCUGGCUUCUGAUGAUGCUGUGGGCUCCCAGGUGUUCAGUGUCCUCCAACUUACCCUUGCUCAGUACCUCCUGAUCCAGAGGCAGCAAACCAACCCAAAUCGUGUGUUUGGGCAAGUGACAAGUCACUUGCUCCAGCCAUGUCUGCUCCUGAGGCACUUGUUGACUACGAGGAGCUGGACUCAGGCAGAUGACAACCAUGUGCGUCAGCACCUGAGCAGGGAAAUCCGAAACCAAGUAGAAACUUUGCUGCAGGCUGGAUUAUUCCAACCUGAGCUUUUCUCAUCCUACAAAGAGGAGCUACUGCCAGAACGGGAACUCCAGGAGAAGAAGAAAGGAGCUUUGAAAAGUCUUUUGCUACCAGUCAACACAGUGCAGACCAAGCUGGGCAGUAGCUUUUGUGAACCUGCCCUCCAUGGAGCUGUUGUGGCUGCUUCGGUGUCCCUGCUAUAUAAACUUUUUCUGGACUCGUACUGUAAGGCAGAAAACCACCUUGUGUGUUUCCACAUGCUCAGCAAGCUUUUUGGAUGUCUCAGGCUCUCUGGCCUGCAGCAGGGUGUGAGGGAGGAUACACUCUCUCCCGCGGACUGGAGCUCAGAGCUGCUUGCUUUGGAGCAGCUUCUGAACCUGGUGCUUAGCAAUGAUAUCUAUAAUGUUGCCAGUGACCGUAUCCGGCACAAGGAGAUACAGUUUGGGUUUUACCGCAAGCUAGUACAGGUGUUGCUGAGUCACUCACAAGCUUCCAUCCCUGCUUGGUUCAGGUGUCUCAAACUCUUGAUGUCAUUAAACCACCUUAUAGUAGAGCCAGAUCUGGAUGACUUAGUGGCCUCAGCUUGGAUUGAUGCUGAGGUCUCCGAGCUGCGUACAAAGAAGCCCCAGGAGGCUCUUAUCAGCACCCUGUUUCAGACUUACUCCAAGCUGCGACAGUUCCCACGGCUCUUUGAGGAGGUGCUGACAGUCAUUUGCCAGCCAGCUGCUGAGGAACUGAGGCAGCCUGUCUUCUCUGCUGGCCUGACAGUAAAGCUUCGUGAGUGCCUCCUCGAACUGCCUCCCAACCAGAUUCUGCAUGCUUUUCUGUUCAACAUGAGGAGCCUAGAUGAUGUCACUCCUUCCCCUGUGGUCCUUCGCACUCAGAGUCUGCUGGCAAAUAUGCAGAAGGGAAUAAUUCAGCCACUGAUGGAGCUGUUGCAGGCUCCUAGAAGAAAGGAAGAGAAGUCAGACCUUUGGCUAAGAAAGGCCAGUGACUCUGCUCUCCUCCUUGUUUACACUUGGAUUGAGGUAGACACUUUGUUUGGUUUCAGCUGCAGUAAAUAUGUGUCUCCAGCAGCUGAAGUUGCUGGUGCUGUUACUACAACUGCUGCAAGGCACAGAGGCAUUUCAGCUUUCCUCCCUGGUGUGGAGGAGCAGUGCUGGGAGAGAGUCAUGGAGCUGGCAAAUAGUUUUGCCUCCACUAGUAAAUAUUGCUUAGAACUGCUCACACUUCAGAAUAUGAAGAUGAUUUUGAUGCAGACUGAAGCUGACCCACAGGCCUUGCAGCAGGCUGCAGCUUUCAUCCUGGAGUCUGGGAGAUCCAACAUGAGCCAGCGAGAAUCUGAACCGUGGGAUGGAGAUAUCGGUGCAAUAAGUGAUCCCACCUACCCCACGGCCCACUGGCACCUUGUCAUCUCCAACCUGACUAUCCUGUUGCCGUAUAUUUCCCUGAAAGAUGUAGAAUACAUUGCAAAUGUCCUUCUAGAGACAUUAGCAUUGGCCAAAACUCAGGAAGCCUCUGCAGACCAGGAGCCUUUCAUCAGCAUUGGAAAGAUAUCUCUUGGUUUUAUCCACAGCUCCUUUCUCCCGGAAAUGAAGGUCCUGCAUUGUGCUUUUCUGACUCGUCUCAUUCAUCAAUUCACUAGAGUGCUGCCCUCUGCUGCUAAGGAUGCAGUAGAUCUGCCACUUCAACAGCUGACUGCAGGUGGUAUCCCUUGGCAUGAAGAAAUCCUGGCUCCUUGCAAACCCGCUGACCCGUUGGAAGCACCAUCAGAAAACAAACUGCUGAAGAAUGAGCCCAGCUUGUCUUGGAAAACGCUGGAGAAAGUUGCCCAAUAUGUAGUAUUGUUAGCAAAAAAUGGCUGCCCUGUCAUCCUGGAAGAAAGUCAGCUAGAAAGCUGCUUAGGUGUGCUAGAAAUUGCUUCCCUUCUGAAACUAGACAGUCUUCUUCCCUCUGAUUGUACCCGGUGUUUUCUGGUGCUGCUGUCCCUGCUAGCCAAUACCAGGCCUAGUGCCUCUUGCAGCAAGCUGUUGUUGCUGAAGUUUUCAAGUACCUGCUUCCACCUCCUGAGGUGCCUGCAAGCAGGCAGGAAUGCCAACUCUAUUUUUAAGGUGUUUCAUGCCAGCGAUGUUCUUGAGACUGUCAUGAGUUCCCAGCUGACAGCUAGUGAAGUCUUCACUGAUGUUUUGACUGUUCCUGUUUGGUCAGAGUAUCUCCAGGAAGUCGAAGCGUUUUUGGAAAACUUUCUUCAGAUGAUUAUUGAAAGAAGGCAAAGUGUGAGGCUCAACUUGGAAAAGUUCAUGUCUUUCCUGAUGAGCUACAAGGCAGAUGUUGGUGAAGCCAAAAGCAAAGGCUGCAGAAACUGUAAUCCUGCAGCUGAGCAGGUACUGCUGAUGGCAUUCACCACGCUGUGUCAUGUCGUCACACUCUACCUUCAGCAGCUGCCAGAAAAGAAGCAGCAGUCUGUGGAGGUACUGUCUGCUCUGUUGGAGCCAGUAGUUCUGCAGAUGGCUGGAGCUGUUGAACACGGUCUUCAGAGCAACACUCCAAACCAGCCUUUGCCUGUGGCGUUCAUACCAUCUGUCACCACUCUUCUCAAAGCAGACCUGAGCCAUGCUGUCAAGAAGGGCUGGCAGAUGGAGUGCAGCAGGUUUUUGGAGCAACCCCGUGUUAAGCUGUACCAGCAAUUUUACUCUCAGAUCCUGAGGGAGCUGCCCUGCGCAGGAGGUGAUCUGCAGUUCCUUCAGUCUGCACUGCAGUUCCUAACGGUCUUCUGCUCAGUGCCAGAGCUGUAUCCUGGAAAAGAAACUGCAAUCACGGUUGUUUUUGCUGUAAGAAAGCUUCUCGCUGGUCCAGCAGUCACAACGCAGGUGAUCCAAAGUAUGGAGGUGGAGCUGACAGAAGUGCUUGUCCAGCUGCUGGGAAACUGCUCUGCUGAGGAGUUUUAUGCCAUAAUGAGGCUGGUGCUCCAAGGGCUUGAAAUGAAGAAUGUUUGGCAACAGAAAGCUAAAGAAGUAUUGUCAGCUGUUACACUAACCAAAUUGUUGCUCAGCUGCCCAUUAAGUGGAGAAAAAGAGAAAGCUUUCUGGUUUGCCAGCCCACAGAUAAUCACAGCUUUAGCAAUGCAAACCAAAGAGGCCUGUCAAGACCAGUCACUGAUUUCCACCAUAGCUGUACCUAUUCUAGAGACUGUAGCAGCUUUGCUAAGGCAAGGAGAAGGGGUUCUCUUGAAUCCACACCAUGUGUCAUUGGCAUUCAGCAUUCUCCUGACAGUCCCUCUGGAUCGUCUGAAGACUGAAGACUAUCAAGUUGUCUUUGUGGGAGUCCAUGAAGUGCUCUUCUCUAUUGUUCAGUGUCAUCCAAAGGUGCUGUUGAAAGCAGCACCAUCGUUUCUGAACAGUUUCCACCGUCUGGUUGUUUCUGUCAUGCAUGAAGGACGUCAGAAAGGAGACAGAGGCAACACAGAUGAGUUUGAAGUUAUACUGAAGUGUGCACACUUGGUGGAACGGAUGUAUACUCAUAUCGCUGCAGAAAUGGAGGACUUUACUGUGUUUUCAGCUUUCAUUGUGGCUCAGUAUGUGACUGAAUUGCAGAAGGUGACACUGCACCCGGCUGUGAAGAAACAUCUCACAGAGGGGAUAUAUCACAUCCUUGACCUUUGCAUCGAACGGGACAUCAAGUUCUUAAGUGUGUCACUACCAGCAGGUGUAAGGGAGGUCUUUAAGGAUCUGUAUGAUGAUUACAAUCGCUACCACAAAGCAAAAAAACAGGGGGAGGAAAAGUAUACUGCAUGAUGAAUCCUGCCUGCUGCUGCACAAUCGGUUAUGAAUUGAUAGUGCAGUGCUCAGAAAAUCCU